AUACAUAUAUACACAUAUAUACAUAUAAAUAAAUGAUUUCGCCAAAGCAUUCAGGAAUUGCAACCAUGUUGUAACCAGCAUUGAUAAACAAGAGUCAUGGGUCUCUUUAUGGUUCUGCCCUUUUAGGGUUAAAUACAAGUGGUUUACGGGGUUUAAAGUGGUUUAAAGGGUUACAGUGAUGCAUUAAAAGUGAUCCAGUGACAUUUCAACUAUUAUUUGUAAUGCUGCUUAUGAAUUUGUCAUUUUUUUAGUACUGUGAAAAAGAAAAGAAUAAAAAGAAAAAAAAAUUAAGCAUUUUACACUAAGCAAAUUGAUGAUAGAUAGAUAGAUAGAUAGAUAGAUAGAUAGAUAGAUAGAUAGAUGUGAAUGCCUCUGAUCUGUGAGAACGACACACUAAACAGCAUUGUCUGGUAAUCCAUGAGGAGCUUUCGAAAGAUUAUGACAUGAGCGAUAUUACGCAGCUGCUGCCAUGUGAAGAGCAUCUGAGGACUGUAGCGUCACAUCCUGCGCGCGAGCAUCAUCCGCGCGCGGGUCCUCGUCCGCCGCGCUCUCCUGUAAACAGCGACGCUCGCCCGGCGCGCGUUCGCGUUACCGUCACGCCGAGGGAGGACGCGUCUGUGACGUCGCCUCCGCCGCCGCGUUCCGUCACGUGCUGCUAAAGCCGUCGCGUUCCGCCGCGCGCCGAGCGGACCGCGAUCCGUUCGCGUAUAAAGCGGGACGCGGCCGUGGAAUGACGCCAUUGCGCGACGCCUCUCCGCGCAGCAGCUGAUGUUCGACGGACGCCGCGCGCCGUGAAGGAUGAAAAACCGCGAAUAUCAGCAGAUAGAUCCGCAGGCGCUCGCGACGCCUCCGCCGCGACCUCCGCCCGAGCACAAGCCCAAACGAGUCCGGAGAAAAUGGGAGGUGUUUCCCGGGAAAAACCGCUUCUGCUGUGACGGGCGCAUCAUCGUGGCGCGUCAGAGCGGCGUCCUGCCGCUCACUCUGGGGCUCAUCCUGCUCACCAGCGGACUCUUCUUCAUAUUCGACUGCCCGUUCCUGGUGAAGCACCUCACCAGCUGCAUCCCGGCCAUCGGAGGGGUCCUGUUUGUUUUCGUGAUCGUCUCCCUCCUCCAGACCAGCUUCACGGAUCCGGGGAUUCUGCCCCGGGCCACACCAGAGGAGGCCGCCGACAUCGAGAAACAGAUCGACAACCCGGCGGGCUCGUGCUCGUCCUACCGGCCGCCGCCGCGCACGAAGGAGGUCGUGAUCAAUCAGCAGGUGGUUAAACUCAAGUACUGCUUCACCUGCAAGAUCUUCCGGCCGCCGCGCACCUCCCACUGCAGCCUGUGUGACAACUGUGUGGAGCGCUUCGAUCAUCACUGCCCCUGGGUCGGCAACUGUGUGGGGAAACGAAACUAUCGCUUCUUCUACACCUUCAUCGUCUCGCUGUCGUUCCUCACGGCCUUCAUCUUCGGUUGUGUAACCACCCACCUGGCUCUAAGGUCACAAGGAGGAAAUGGGCUGGUUUUCGCUCUCCAAGCGAGUCCUGCCAGUGCUCUUGAGUUAGUGGUUUGCUUCUUUUCAGUUUGGUCCAUUUUGGGCCUCUCAGGCUUCCAUACGUACCUGGUGGCGGCAAAUCUUACUACCAAUGAGGAUAUUAAAGGCUCGUGGUCAGGGAAAAGUGGAAACGAGGAUGUUGGAAAUCCUUACAGUUAUAACAGCAUUCUGAAAAACUGCUGCUCUGUGCUCUGUGGGCCCAUGCCCCCCAGCUUGAUCGACAGGCGAGGCUUUGUGCCCUCCGAUGACUCCGUCCAGACCAGUCCCGUGGAAGUCGAGCUCCCGGCUGCUAAAAACGACAUAAACAUGGUAGGAAGAGCAUCAUAUUUAUGCACACAGGGAACCAAAGGUCUGCUGGAAACGGCCUCUCGAUCUCCUCUCCUCACAAGCUCCUGUCCGCAGGCCAAACCUCAAGCCGUGCCGGCCGUCUUGGAGACUCUUCCAGAGAUCGUCCCGUCACCUGCUCCGGAGCUGCCCAAGGCCGCUGGAGGACGCCAGUCGACCAACACACCUCACAAACAUCACUCGCACCACAGGUCCAAGGCGAAACAAACCACUCAUCACACCCACAAGACCUCCAACUCCUCCCCAAGACCCCAUCACAGCCACAGUUCAAGACGGAAAGACUCCAAGAACAGAGACCCAAAAUUCAGUUCUCUGCGCUGAGCAGUCGGUCCUGUGAUGGAGCACAUCAAUACAUUUCUCUGAUUAUUUGAAUUUGUCUUCAUGAGAUUGAUUGAUUUAAAAAAAAAAAACAGGUAUGAUACUUGCAGAAAGAUGUCCAGGUUUAGGAAACCGGUGGCUGUUAUUCAUCCGUAGAGGAAUACCAUCACCUCUGCAACCUGGAGAGCAAAUAUGAAGUAAGGACUUCCGUUAACAGAUCGAUGACUGGAAAACUCGGCAGUGUUUCAGUUUAAACAAGCACAAAGGUCUCAGAGUGAACUGCAGAGCAAUUGUCAGUCUUAAGAGCGAGUUCCAAAAUGAGCUUCAUCAGAACAGCAAUAAUGGAACAAGAACACUGUCGUCCUCGAUGUGGACAUAAACUCUGGGAUCCAUUUCUCUGGCCUCUUUUAGGUCUCAUUGGUCAUGCUUCAGUAAGCAAAGGACCAAUUGUCUUUAUGCAAAAAAUAAGAGCAUGCCUGGAGACUAUAGCUCACGAUCAUUCUUCACUCGUCAUAGGGCUGCACGAUUUAUUCCAAUCAUUAUCACGGUUUCUGCCCCUCUCGAAUUUAAGCAUUUGUAAAGUCUGCAACACUCUGCACAUUUUUUUAUUUAUUUGUCAUUUGAUUAACCGUACAUUUGUAAUCAACACUCCACUAGUUGCCAUAUGUCAAGAGUUCAAAAUCCCAUUAACCCCAUGUUUCCAUUAACCAGUGUUAAGUGACUAAAAACAUGAUUUCACCUCUUGCGAUAAGGAUGUUGAUAGGUUUAUGUAUAUCGUAGCCACUGCACUGGUCGCUGUUUUCAGGAGGAGACACAGAGGAGUUAUCUUCAGCUAAGCAUCAUAGAUCCGAGCCUCUUCUGGGAUGCUUCUGCAAUACGAUAUAAACACGGUACUUGAUUAAAGUGUCUGCGAUCAGCUCCAGUGUCGGAGCCGUAAUACGACAGAAACGUCUGCAGUGUAAGUAAUGGGUUAUUCAAGCAUUAGAGGCAAGGAAAGCCCUUUAUACUUCAGAACGGCCACAUAGCACAUCAAAGGAUGAUCAUGUGACCUGUAAAUGCAAAAAACUGUUGGAGCUUUGCGAAAUGCUUUUUUUUUUUUGAGUUGCCUAAAAAGCCACCUCAUAUGAGCAUGAACUUUUUUUGCGAUGGGGGGAGUUUUUGAGAAACUGACAUUUUUCAUUUUGUUCAGUUUGCACAAUUUGUAAGGUAAUGGAAACACAGCUACUAGCUACUUUUUACACAUUUUACCUACUUUUCAUCGAAAAUAAUGCGCAACACUAAUCUUCCCAACUUGGCAACCAUUCACAACCACUUCUAUGUUAAGUAAAAAGCGCUUUUGAGCUAAAAACAAGAAUUUAGCAAUCUGUUUUUAUGUGAUUGUGCUGUUUGCAGCAACUAAAUCUGCGAGUUGACAUUCUCUUUAAUGAAGGUGCAAUAAUUCUAAUGAAAUGUAAAAAAAACAAGUUUGUUUUUGAGUGAAAUGAUCGCGAUCAACCAUUUCGCCAUUAUCAUGCAGCCUCGAUCAUCAUGAUGUACAAGAAUCUUCUCACCAGUAAUUCAUUAUUUUCCCAAAGGACUUCAGCAUGAUUUUGUAACGUAUUGUGUUUGAACAUGGUAUUAAGUGUGCACAAGUACCUGCUAAUGUGAAUGAGAUGAAGUUCCCUGAUCACAGUGUUGAAGCUCUAGUUGAAAAGUUCGGAGUGUUUCUCUCUAAACCUCUUCACACCGCAGUCCUGCCCCACUGCUGUCUAUCAGUAAUUAGUAAAGGAACAGUCUUAAUGCACUAACUCUCGAUGCAGCAAUACUGUAAUGUUUUAGUUCUUCAUCGUUGGACUCGUGUGCUAUGCGUGGACACUUAGUGUUCGAAUGGGAAUGUGGGUGUUGUAUUGUUAUCCAGGUUUCGACUUAAUAUGCAAACUGAAUGUUAUUUAUGAAUGCUGAAAUCGAUCCUCUGUUUCUUAAGACCUCUGCAGCAUUUGCACAAAUAAAUACAAAGUACUAACAA